AUGUCCAACAACAAACGCUUGCGACAAGCUUGUACAGGUAUCAAUGGAGGAGGUCCUCAUCUAGGAAAGGCCAAGCACGCCAACCGUCAAUGCACAUGGCAUGUGUGCCCCGUCUGCUGCUGUACCCAGCGUGAAGCCACAGGUGCUAAGUGUUACACCCAUGAAAGCGGUGAGUGUGCUAAGGUUACCCCCAGCACUCAGCCUUUCCUACAAACCGUAUUGGACACCGCCGAUGAAAGAGGUCUCAUUACGCAAGAAACGACGAAUGGUGACUCGGCCAUUGCAGACGUUACUGUGGCGGAUCUACUAGGGCCAGCUCCUCCGGUGCAUCCUUUAGUAAUUUCAUCAACUGCGAUGUGUACAUACCAUCUCAAUCGAUCCAAGGAAGACAAAGCAAGACGUGCAACGGAGGCUGCAGAAGCCAGCUGCGAUAGAAACAUAUCAAUAUCUCUCUGGAUGACUGCCGAAAGCGAACCAAUUCCCUUCCUGUUUGCACCCAAAUCGAUAAAGCAAUAUUCCAUAUCCGAAUGUGAAGCUUUGAUGAUAUUUUUACAAGCACAGGAUCCCAACUGGAACAAGUUGCUGCGAGUUUACGACGUGAAGGCGGACAGAUGGAACAUCACGUUGGUUGGGACAUCUAUUCCUAUGACGACCCCCCUCCGCGAGGCUCUUGUAUGUUUGACUAAUGUCGACCCAAAGAUGUGCCUUGGAAUGGCAGAGCUACAAGUACGACUUGUCCCAGCAGCCAGAACAAGCCUCAAAUCUGUUGUCGACUCUCUGCGAGCCACGCCCACGCCGAACUCAAAACGUGUAUCUACCAGUUUUGUAUUGAGUCCUAGUUCUCACAAGUCGGCCACGAUGUACAGUAGUUCCGAAUCUUCACCAACACCGCAAAUCACCUAUUUGGGCUCUAUUCAACGGCCAGGCGCAGGACAAAUGUCAAGUUGUUAUGGAAAACGGCAACCACCACCAACCGUGAUAAUCCACGACGAGGAAGCCACAACACUGGAGCCAUUACCCCAUACGCCGGAGCCUUUACCACAUAAAGAGGCAAGGCGGCCAAAUUUCUCUCGAAAUAUACUCAAUGACAUCUCCAGCUCUGUUCCACCUUGCAUUACGCAUCCGACACAAACAGCACAAGCAAAUGCCUUAUACGAUUACAUGUCAGACCUGCCUGAUAUUGAUGAGGUCUUCUCGAACGCACAGAGUACGAAUCAAAUCAACUCUAUAUCUACUCCAAAUCCCGACUUCAACAUAACCGAAGGCGCCACUACGGAGGUACCUUCUCCAGCAGCUAUACCUGCAGGACUUACACCUAGCCCAUCGCCUUCGCCGCAACCUGCAGCAACCGCGGAAGUUGUGGCAUCCACUUCUACGCGGAGGUCCAAGAACACUGGCCUAUGGCCACCGCCUGACAUGCCCAUGAGAAAAAUGACUCAGUGGCACUUGGCGCAUACAACUAAAAGUGGUAAGCGCGAAAUUUGGGAAUCAUUCUUUUCGCCUGCAUACAAGUGGGACCGUACUGCUAUGUAUCGAUACAUACAAUGGAUUAACAAGGUCUCGAAGGACCGCUGGGCUGAUUGGUAUGAGGAAUGUGAGCGAGAGCAGGUAGAAGCUACUUCCGAAGCUGCGCGCAAAACCUUUGCUAGCGAAUUGGAGGCCGCUGGGUAA